UUUUUUGCUGGUUUUUGUUUUCUUCGAGGGUCUUUUGGCUGUUGGUGUUUUUUGUUUGGUUUCCGAGAAAACUGUAGGAAAAGGAGAGAAAGAUGGGAAUCUUGCGACAUCCCAAAUUGUUCUGCUACAGUUUUUAACAGGGACUAAACAUACCCAUGUGAAUUCUUUUUGUCUGUUAAUCUCUGAAAAUGAGUAGUUUUCUUUUCUUUUUUUUUUCAUGUUUUUGUUUUAUUGGGUGGAUUAAGCUUUUGGUAAACAAAAGAGUGAGCUUUUUUCCUUACCAAAUCUGUUUUCUUGGGAUUUGAAAUGUGCAAGUAUUUGGAGGUUUUUUGAUUCUAUAAGCUUUGGGUGGACUUCUACUUGAGCAAAGAUUCAUGUAGUUAUUAUAUUUCUUUAUAUAGUUUGUUUUAUGGGAUGGGAAAACUCAGGAAUAUGAGAGAAGCAGCAUUUAUAUUAUUCAUACUGAUGGAGUCUUGGAGCUAUGGCUCUGAAGGCAAAGGCCUUCUUUUUACUGAUGAAAUGGAUUUGCCUGUGGAUGCUUUUGCUAGAAGUAGAAAAGCACUCAUAGGAUGGGACCUCAAGCCUUCUACUGAUUUUGAAGCUGUUGAGAGUAUGGAAUUCAUGGAUUUUGGUUUUGCUGAUAUGAACAAAAAACCCUUUUAUGGUAACACCAGUAUGGGAAUCUUUGGUGCUGAGUUUGGUAAUGGUUGUGCUAAAAGGGUAGUUUCUCCUACUUGUAUGGUUACCUCUAGCUCAUAUUAUGGUGAAGAGGAAUCUGGUUCCAAGCAUUCAAGCUCUUUGAUGGAGUCUAACAGUCAGGAAUCUUCACUCAUUGAUUUGAAGCUAGGGAGAUUGACUGACCGUAGAGAUGGACAGGAUGGCAAGUUUUUGAAGGAAACUUCUGUUGUUUCUUCAGUUCGUCCGGCUUUUAUGGCGAAGAAAGCUCGCACAACAAGCUCUUAUUCUCAUGCUCCUUGCUGUCAAGUUUAUGGUUGUAACAAGGAUCUUAGCUCCUCAAAAGAUUACCACAAGAGGCACAAAGUUUGUGAGGCUCACUCUAAGACUGCCAAAGUUAUUGUUAAUGGAAUUGAACAGAGAUUCUGUCAGCAGUGUAGCAGGUUUCAUGCACUGGCUGAAUUUGAUGAUGGUAAGCGUAGUUGUCGUAAACGCCUAGCAGGGCAUAAUGAGCGCAGAAGGAAGCUUCAUUUCAAUACCCUUUCUGGAAAACCACAUAAAUUGCUGCAGUCAUAUCAAGGUACCAAAUUUCUGGGGACCUCCAUACCAAAAAGAAUGCCCUUUGUUAUCCCAAACAUAUUUCAAGGUGACUUUGUUUAUCCAGAAAGAUAUGAGCAAGCUAAUCAGAGUCAGCAGGUUAAAUCUGAAGAGAAACCAAUUUACAAUCCUCAGUCAGCAACACCGAUCACAAAUUGCCAGUUGCGACCAAAAUCUAUCUUUCACAUGCAAGGCAGUGGGAAACAGUAUGUUCCUGGAACUUUUUCAUCAUCAACUGAAGGCUUCAAUGCUCCUAACGCAGCAUCAACUGUGAAAGUAUCAUCUGGACUUUCACGCUCAGAUUGUGCUCUCUCUCUUCUGUCAGCUCAAUCACAGGACUUGUCAAACCAUGCAGCAGGAAUUCAAAUGACUAGGCCCUUGAUUAAUCACGCUGGCCAUGCCUAUCAUAGCUUUGAGAAAUCUGCUGGGAUGAGUUCUUUGGAAAAAGCGAAUGGCUUUUAUUCAUGUGGAAUGAAGCCUAUGGGAGCUGGCCAAGUAGGGGUUGCUGUGGUUUCUGAUGCUGGUCAUAAUGCUAAUUUUGCAGUCCAAGGAGAUGGAUAUUUUCAAGAUUCAGAUCUUUUGAGUGCAAGGUAUUUUCUUUCUCCUGAAAAUGGAACCACUGUAGAUUUGCUUCAACUUUCAACACAUCUCCAAAGAGUGGAGCGACAUAGGAAUUCUAUGCACGUAAAGCUGGAAAAUGAGGACCUGUGUUAUUUCCUUACCACUUAGUUGGUAUGAGAGCAACAAGGUUUACAGGAAGUGGUGCAACAGUGCUGCUGCAUUGAAUGUUUCACCUAAUUGAUGCACUUCAAAAUAGGUUGUUAGAGAUUCAGAUACCAUUGGUAGUACAUCUCGUUUCUGAUAGGUAUAUAUAUAACAGAGUAAAUUCUGGACUUUGUAACUGUAAAUUGAUGCAAGUUCAAUAGUAUUUGUUCCUUUUGAGAACUCUUGUUCUCCACUGAUUUAAUGUAGUUAGCUGGUUUAAUGGUUCUGUUACCACAUGCUAGAUACUAUUUGAGACAGUGUUGGACUUGGAAGACUUUUAGCUGGUUUAGUGAUCCCAAUCACUUUGGUUGCACUGAAGGCGCAAAGUUAAAAAGGAACAAACAAAAGAGUCAAGUAGGAAUAAGACCCCUGUAAAAAGUUUAGAAUGGAAUCAUGUAGCAUUAACUGCUUUUAUUUAUAAACCUCUAUACUGUAUAAAACUUUAAGUGGUUCGUGUCCAAUUGGAAGAAGAUAUGCUUGUGAGUGGACUGCAUAUCUUUGUUAAAA